AUGUCUUCUACUAUCAAACAAAACUUUGAAGAGUGCUAUUGUACUGAGUGCAUUAAAAAUUAUAAUGGAUACACCUUAGUGUCAAAGAGAACUGCCCAGCGUCAUGGCAAGAAAGCAGCUUUAAAAGAUGCUAUCAGAACUUUUAUAUUAAACACAGGUGCGCAGAGACAUGUAAUGAACUUUGAUGCGGAGUCUAUUGUAGUCCAAGAAUCUGGAUCCAUAGAAGUUCUUGCACAUCAGUCUGACUUACCUGUUUUGGAUAUCUCUCCUAUGUCAGUUGACUAUGAGAUCGAUGUUGAUUUCAAUGACAUGGACUUUGAGUAUGAGAGCAAUGAGAAUGUCAAAGAUACUGUUGAUAUUGAUGUUGAAGAAGUCGACACUGAAUAUUUGUAUGAAAACAUGUUUUCAAACAGCAAUAUGUCUGAGAAUCCUGUACACAGAUUUAUUGCAACAUUCAUUGUGCUAUUUGCAUCCCGCUACGUGGUCAACAAGGGCACAGUUGUCUUGAUUGAGUUCAUCAACAAGCUCUUGAAGAUUUACGAGCAGGACUUCCAGCUUCCCACGAAUCUGCCUGGUCUUCAGCAUAUGAUGAGAUUCUGUGAGCUCUCCAAGGGCAUAAGACGAUUUGUGGCCUGUGAGGAUUGCCAUGCAAUUUACAAAGAAAAUCAAUCUGUUCCUUCUUGCUGCGUCUUUGUAAAGACAGGUGCUUGUGCAGCUUGUAACUGUGAAUUGACAAAGAAAUCUUCGUCUGGUGUUUUGAUUCCCAAGCGUAUUUUCUAUUACCAGUCCAUCAAAAAUACGUUCAAGAUUCUUUUUAAUCAUCCAGGCUUUGAAGAAAAGAUACUACGUGGAACGAUCAUUGAUCCCAUGCACAACCUGUUCUUGGGGACAGCAAAAAGAAUGAUGGACCAGCAGAUUGAACGUGGUGUUCUUGGAGACAGAGAUUUCACUGCCAUGCAAAAGAUAGCUGAUAAGAUGAUUUUACCAAGGGCAUAUACUGCAUUGAAAAGCAAAAUUGACAAAAAAUUUGCAUUUAUGAAAGCAGACGAUUAUUGGCUCAUUGCAUUUGAGAGAUACAAUAGUCUACUCAAGAAUAUCAGCACAAAUGGCAGGGAUGGUUUUGAAGCCACAUUUAUGAGAUGCUUUGUUGAAGAUAUAUACAAAAGUGAUUUUGUUAAUUCUGCUCUCACAUGUCCCACUCAAGCUCCCUUUCUUUCUGCCCUUUUCAAACUUGUCUGUUCAUCCAUACCUGUCCUUACCUUGACAUCUGCCUCCUCCACAAUUGUUCAGCCACCAUUCAUUUUGCAAGCAUUUGUGAAUUCUUCUGAAACUGCCAGAAUUACUACUGGUUUUAUCCAUUCAAUUGGCGCCCAUUUCCAUCUAAUUAGCAUCCGUUUCCAUCUAAUUAGAACCCAUUGA